AUGUUCAACGAGCAUCAACCCAAAUCUGAAGAGUACCGUAUCGAAGACACUCCGGUGGAUCUCUGCACACACGUGGUAUACAUCGGGGCUGUGGUCGAUUCGGAAUACCUUGAGCUGACGCCGCAGGAUAAAAAGGUUGAUAUACAGGAGAAAGGAUUUCAAAAGUUCGCUGAUCUCAAGAAACGACGGUCCGAUGUAAAGCUUUUGUUGGGUGUUAACAUUUGGUCAGAUGAAGUAUUUCAACAAAUCAUUGCCACAAACAACACACGAAAAAACUUCAUCGAUAGUGCCAUCCGUUUGUUGAAGCGAUAUAAUUUCGAUGGACUAGCGUAUAAUUGGUACUAUCCGAAAGAAGUAAUACAUAAUUAUGCUACGUUAAAUGAAGAAACGAAGCAAGCCUUCAAGAGUGCCGGACACGACUCGUGGACAGUUUCAGUGUUUGUUGACGGAACAGAGGAAUUCAUUGGAGUAGGACUCGACCACAAGCGCAUCUGUCAAACGGCUGAUUUUGUUCACCUUCGGGUAUGGCGACACCCGGGGUACACAAAAAAUUUCACGGACGUCCCUUCACCGAUGAACCGUCGAACCUUCGACAAAGGUGAGCUUGAGCAUUACAACGUUGUGGACGCGACAAGAAACUGGAUCAAUAUCGGAUGUCCCAGGGAAAAAAUACUGCUCAAAGUGUGGUUAAAUGGCUUAAUUUUCAAUUUAGUUGAUACAACCAAGCGCGUUGUUAAUUCUCCCAGCCAUAGUUUUCCGGAUUUCGUGCCGUACAACAAAAUUUGCUCCCGACUGCAGCAGGACGAUGAGUACUGGACUGAAGAUUGGGACGCGCGAAGUAUGUCACCGUACGCGAUAUCUUAUCCCACGUGGAUUGGUUAUGAAAAUGAAGUUUCUCUCGAAGAGAAGGUGCAUUUCGUGGACAGUGAAGGUCUGGGAGGGUUAGUGGUCGAUUCACCUGAUUCAGAUGAUUACAGUGGAAUUUGUGGAAAGAAGUACCCUUUGCUGACGGCUCUUUUUGAGGCGUACAAACCAAUCUGGUCGACCGACGAUGACACAUUUGGCUUUGCCAUCGAGCGAUCACGUCGUGAUGUGGGCCCAAAGGGAAAGAAGAUUUAA